AUGGCAACAGCCUCAGAGAACCACAUGACUAACCCCACGCGCCCCCAACGCGAGGCCAAGAAGAGAGCCGCAGCUGCCAUAUGCCAACUUCACGGAAACUCCAAGAAGAAACGCGUAGUUUUGGGAGACCUCACUAAUGUCUCAAAUGCGGUUGCCGUUUCGGAGAUUCAGAAACGGAAAAGAAUCAAACUCGAUAAACCGGCUGCUUCAGUUGCCACACCGGAGAAAGUGGAUGAGAGAAGCGACCCGCAACUUUGUGGACCCUAUGUUUCGGAUAUAUACGAGUACCUUCGCGGAAUGGAGGUUGUUCCCAGUAAGAGACCGUCACCGGAUUAUGUUCAGAAGGUUCAGAAGGAUGUGAAUGCUAACAUGCGCGGGGUUCUGGUGGAUUGGUUGGUUGAGGUUGCCGAAGAGUAUAAACUGGUUUCCGACACGUUGUACUUUUGUGUGGCUUAUAUAGAUAGGUUUUUGUCCUUGAAUGUAUUGUCCAGGCAGAAAUUGCAAUUGCUUGGGGUUGCUUCUAUGCUUAUAGCUUCGAAGUAUGAGGAGAUUAAGCCACCUGAGGUGGAGGAUUUUUGUUACAUCACGGAUAAUACAUACUCUAAGGAAGAGGUUGUGAAUAUGGAAGCCGAUGUAUUGAAGGCUUUGAAGUUUGAAUUGGGUGGUCCUACAGUGAAGACAUUCUUGAGGAGAUUUUGUAGAGUUGGUCAAGAGGGCAUUGAUACUUCUGAUCUCCAGUUUGAGUUCCUUAGUUGCUACCUUGCUGAGCUCAGUUUGUUGGAUUAUAAUUGUGUAAAAUUCUUGCCAUCUUUGGUGGCAGCAUCUGUAGUAUUCUUAGCAAGAUUUAUGUUAAGCACAAAGACACAUCCUUGGAAUUUGGCACUCUAUCAACUCACUAGAUAUAGACCUGCUGACUUGAAGGAAUGUGUGCUAAACAUACAUGAUUUAUACCUCAGUAGAAGGGGGCCUUCUUUGCAAGCUGUGAGAGAGAAAUACAAACAGCAUAAGUUCAAAUGUGUGGCAACAACAGCGUCUCCUCCCGAGAUUCCCCUUUCUUUUUUUGAAUUUUCAGUUGCAGAUUUUGCGCGCUAUAGCAGCAGUGGGGUUGGUGGGUGGAACCGAGGCUCCUCUUUGGAGGUGGUUGUGUUCUAG